AGUCUCUGCUGCUCAUUGGUGGAAAAUGAUUUCAAACUGUCCGCCAAAACUCGGAGUGGCGCCCUGUGUGCUCGUGCCUGGAGGCUCUUCUCUGGUUGGUCCGCAUGUCAGGAACCGUCCCGCCCGCUCCGCGGACAUAUAAAGGAGGGUUUGGCUGAAUGAGCGGCACUUCCUUCUUUGUAAUCAUCAACAAUGAGCGGCAGAGGCAAAACCGGUGGCAAAGCCAGAGCGAAGGCCAAGACCCGCUCCUCUCGUGCCGGACUCCAGUUCCCAGUCGGUCGUGUCCACAGACAUCUGCGCAAAGGCAACUAUGCGCAGCGUGUCGGCGCAGGAGCCCCCGUCUACCUGGCGGCUGUGCUGGAGUACCUGACCGCUGAGAUCCUGGAGCUGGCUGGAAACGCUGCCCGCGACAACAAGAAGACUCGCAUCAUCCCGCGUCACCUGCAGCUGGCUGUCCGCAACGACGAGGAGCUCAACAAGCUGCUGGGCGGAGUGACCAUCGCUCAGGGCGGCGUGCUGCCCAACAUCCAGGCUGUGCUUCUGCCCAAGAAGACCGAGAAGCCCGCCAAGUCAAAGUAAACCAAGAGACAACUAUCCACACCACAAAGCGGCAGAGGCAAAACCGGUGGCAAAGCCAGAGCGAAGGCCAAGACCCGCUCUUCUCGUGCCGGACUCCAGUUCCCAGUUGGUCGUGUUCACAGACAUCUGCGCAAAGGCAACUAUGCGCAGCGUGUUGGCGCAGGAGCCCCCGUCUACCUGGCGGCUGUGCUGGAGUACCUGACCGCUGAGAUCCUGGAGCUGGCUGGAAACGCUGCCCGCGACAACAAGAAGACUCGCAUCAUCCCGCGUCACCUGCAGCUGGCUGUCCGCAACGACGAGGAACUCAACAAGCUGCUGGGCGGAGUGACCAUCGCUCAGGGCGGCGUGCUGCCCAACAUCCAGGCUGUGCUUCUGCCCAAGAAGACCGAGAAGCCCGCCAAGUCAAAGUAA